AUGGGUUGUGGAGGUAGCAGCAGUCAGCCUUUUCCAACAAUCAACACUCAUAUGGAAACUCUCGAAAUCCCUAUCUACGAUGAAUUCUAUCAGCGUGCUGCCAAAAAUUUAAUGAGACUUGACAGAGCUUCUCAACAAUUAAAUGGCCUGCUCGACCAAUUUCAAGCUUGUACCGGACUUCAUGGUCCUCCAGAAAGAUCAAUAGGACAUGGCUUAAUAGCAUGGCUUGUAGGAGUUGCUGCAUCUUGUGAUGGCGAUUUCAAAAAAGUUAAUAUAAGGUUUAUAGAUAACCUCCCUGGCAUAUUAAUAGACUCAAAAAGCCUUCCAGGGAUGCUUGAUACUGCUUAUGAUAAAUGAAUGGGAUUAUGCAUGAUGAUUGAUAAAGCGAUAGAAGAGCUGGAGGAAAUCCAUAAAGAAAUGCUUGAAAAUAUAGAUUGGGCUAAUGUUAUUCCAGAUAAACUGCUAAAGCAAGCUCUUGAUGAUAAUACGCCUAUAAUAGAAUUUAGAAGACUUGAAGGGUUGGCAUUGGCCAAUGCAAAUAAUCUUGAAGAAGGAGGAAUUUUACUAGACAGAUUGCUAAAAUCUGUUAAAUCGUCGGUGCUGGAAUCGACAGAUGUAUAGCCCUAGAAAUAUUUUAGACCGUUAGUGGUCAUUCAUUUUAAUUUUUAAAAUUAAUUUGUACUUGUAGCUCUUUUGAAAAGUAAAAACGAAAAUGAAAAAUCUACGUUUAUUAUGUUUAAGAUGUCUAAUCUGACUUAGACUGUAUAAGGCAGAUGCCCUGGACUAUAUUUUUUCUUGCCAUAUUCUGCUGGGGUAUAUAGUGAUCUAUUAUGGUGCAUAAAUUAUAAUUGUGGAAUUUUCAAAAGCAGUAAACUUAGUUAAAAUCAAAAAUUUAGGACAAACUGCAAAAAAUCAAAAUAAAAGUGACCCUAGAGAAAUUAUGGAAACCUUUACCACUGAAAUUGAAAUACUAUUAUCAGAAACAGUAAUACCUCCUCAGAGUUCUAUUUCUCCUACCCUUUAUACGAACGCUUUUUUGUAUGGCUUAUAAAAAAAUAAAAAAAUAUCAGUCAUAUAUUAUGAACUUCCUCUCUUUAUUUUCUAGCUAUAAAUUUAAAAUUUUAUAAGUUUUGUUCCUUAUUAAAAUACAAGAGUAAGUAA